AUCCUUGAAAUAUUUGGGACAACGUGCGUUUGGAACUCAAAAAUGGCGCAGGCAUUGUUCGAUGAUGGGUCUUCUGAAUCUGAAGCGGAGUUUUCUGUCAGUAGCAAAUACGCUGAGAAAUACAACAGCUGGAGAGAAAAAGAAGAAUACCAGAAGCUGCAAGCAAAGUAUGGCAAAGAUGUCUCGCUGGAUGCAGCCAAAGGAGCUGAUGAGACCUCAUCAUCAUCAGAAGACGAGGAAGCUGAGGAACUUACCCCAAACAUGGAAAAGCAGUUCUUUGAAACACUUUCAAAACUGAAACAAAAUGAUCCAGAAAUCUAUGACCCUGGCAAAAGGUUUUUCAAUGAGAAGAAUGAAGAAAAUGGUGCAUCAACAAGCAAAAAGAAGCGCAAAGAAAAGCCAAUGUUUCUCAGAGACUAUGAAAGAGAAAUGUUGUUGAACAGUGGAGAAGUACAAACUGAAAAUGGCUCCGCAGCCGGGCCCCCUCAGCAGCCCUCGUACGCCGAGGAGCAGGAGGAGCUGCGCGCCGGGUUCCGCGCCCUGGUGGACAGCGACUCGGACGCCGAGGAAGGCGGCGACCCCUUCUCCGGCAGUCUGCUCAAGAAGAGGGAGAAGACGGCCGCUGAACAGGAACACGAAGAUGAGCAGUACAAGAUCUGGCUGAAAGGACAAAAGGAGACUGCCGGAGACAAGGCGGUCGAAGGCCGCCUCAAGGGACUGAAAGAUGCCUGGUCCAACCCGAAAAUUUCCAAAGAUGAAGCGUUCUUGCGUGACUACAUCCUGAGUAAGCGGUACCUAGAGGAGGGGGAUGACUCGUACGUGCCCAGCUACGAGGAGGUGGUACACGACUCGGAGGGAGAUCUCUCAGAGGACGAGCGCACCGUCGGAAAACAGGAGGCGUUCGAACACAAGUUCAACUUCCGCUUCGAGGAGCCAGAUCAGGAAUUCAUCAAAAGGUAUCCGAGAACAAUCAAGAAUUCGUUGAGGAAAAAGGAUGAACGACGAAAAUUGAACAGAGAGGAGAAAAGGAAGAGACAAGAAGAGGAAAAGAAAAAGAAGGAAGAAGAACUCAAACGUCUGAAGACGUUGAAGAGGAAAGAAAUUAUGGAGAAACUAGAAACACUCAAGGAGGCUGUUGGCAAUACUGAUUUGCCGUUUGAGGUGGCUGACUUGGACGCCGAUUUCGACCCGGACGCGCACGACCGGAAAAUGGGCGAGAUGUUCGGCGACGACUACUACUACGACGCCGAUAACGACGAGGAAAAACCAGUCUUCUCUGACGACGAGGACUGGGACAACUGGGCGCCGGGGGAGGAAGACGCUGUGGAAGGAGAGGAGGAGGAGAGCGGACAGUGGGCCGAGCCCGGCCACAGCCAGAGCGACCACACUCCCGCCUGCGAGCAGCCAGACUUUGUGAUGGACUGCGACUACACGCCGUCGGCGGUGCGCCGGCCGCCGGCCGAGCUCACCACCGGCCGCGGCCGGAAGAAGAGACGCGGCCGGCUCGCCGAGCUGCUCAGGCGGAAAAAGCCGCGCUUCGAGCCGGCGGCCGGCCAGCGGCUGGCGGAGUACGUGGACCAGUACUACCAGCUGGACGCGCAGGCUAACCCGCACCCGUUCAAGUACCGCGAGGUGCCGGCCAACGACUUUGGCCUGGAUACGACUGAGAUCCUGAUGGCCGAUGAGCGGGACCUGAACCGAUGGGUGUCGGUGAAACGGAUGUCUCAGUACCUGCGACCCGAGGAAGAGCAGCAUGACGUCAAAAAGUACAAAGCCAAAGCCUCCAACGCAUUCUACAAGCAGAAGAUACUGCAGAGCCUCUAUAAAAAGGAAGGCGAGCCAGAGGAAGAUCCGGAGAAGUAUGAACCACAGAAGAAGAAAAAGAAGAAGCGGAAGAGGAAGGAGAAGGAGAGGGAGGCGGAGGAGCAGAACGGCGGUACUCACGGGGAGGGCGGGGAUGAAGAGGAGGAGGGACUCUGGGUAGCUCCACUGGAGAACGGUGUCGAAACGGCGCCGGACGCUACCGAGUCGGAACCGCAGGAGCAGGGGAAGAAGAAAAAGAAGAAGAAGCGGAAAGAAAAACUGACUGCCGUCGAAGAAACAACAAACGAGAACGGCACAUUGGAUCACUCCGCCGUCAAUGGUGAACAAGCAGCGUCAGAGAACCCACCUGAGGGAGGAAAGAAGAAGAAAAAGAAGCGGAAGCACCACGAGGAGACAGUGGAUGACGCCGCUGAGCAGCGGCCGGGGAAGACUCGCUCGGACGAGCCGGCCGGUACCUCGGAGGGGCCCGCUCCCAAGAAGCGGCGGCACGCAGCCGGGGGCAAACGACGACGCGCGGCCCAGGCCGAGGCCGGCUCCCAGGCUGCCAUGGUGCUCUCCAUGUCAGAUGCACGCUUGGAAGCGUUUGGACUCAACCCCAAAAAGAUUAGGGGCAAGGUGAUCUAUGGUCAGGGCGGAUCGUAGCACCGGUGCGGGGCGUGGGUGUUUUGAACGAGUCUUAUUUGACUGGGUAUUUUUGUGGUUUACUCUUACAAAGCCGUGCGUUGCGUGGAGGUAAAUGUGGCAUAUGCAAUUUCAGUGAGAUAUCGACGUUAGCUGAUGAUAAAUAUGUGACGCGGCAGGCCCCUGCCGCUCAUUUAA